AUGAGGCACAAAGGCUUUCUCAAAGAUUGUCCCAAUGGCCUCCUAACAGAACAGGGCUUCAUUAAGAUAUACAAACAGUUCUUCCCUCAAGGUGACCCCACCAAGUUCGCCUCACUAGUAUUCCGAGUGUUCGAUGAAAACAACGAUGGUUCUAUUGAAUUCGAGGAAUUCAUUCGGGCUCUGUCUAUAACAUCAAGAGGGAACGUAGAUGAAAAGUUACUAUGGGCGUUCAAGUUAUACGACGUGGACAACGAUGGUUACAUAACACGUGAUGAAAUGUACAGUAUAGUGGACGCUAUAUACCAAAUGGUGGGACAGGCACCCGAGGCAGAAGACGAGAACACGCCCGAGAAGAGAGUGGAUAAAAUCUUCUCUCAAAUGGACAAGAACAACGAUGAAAAGCUCACCCUCGAGGAGUUCAAGGAGGGGUCGAAAGCUGACCCUCGAAUCGUCCAAGCCCUGUCUCUUGGCGACAACUAA